AUGAUGAAUACCCUGAAGUGGGUCCUAGUACAAUGGAAGAAUGGUAAGUGCGACGUCGUCCACGUUCGAUCUGUGGUGCGUGCCCCCACCAAUGAAGUCAGGCCAGCAGAUAUGAUAACGCUGAAUUGGGCCGGGCGGCAGAGAUUGGCGGUUGUCGUGGCGCUUGCAAGUGAACGUCAAACGCUGGAAACUAUGAUAAGUAUGAGCAACAAAAAGUCUCCGGUAGCGGGUCCUAGCAGGCUGGUAGUAGAAGAAGACCAUGAAGAUUACUCCCCUAGUGCCUCGUCUUGGAAGCCAAGUGACGAUGAUACAGAGUCAGCAGAAUCUGAUGAGGAGGUCCAACCUAUCAAGCGGCCCAAAGCUAUUGAACCAAAACGUCAGUAUUUUAAUAGAAAAUCCACGAAGAAGCCAGUGACACCGACACAUAGGCCCAUUCCUGUUGUACCGAGGUCUGCACAACCAGCAUCACGCAGGAAGACCCUCGAUAAAUCCUACGAUGACAGAAGUAACAACAGGCGUAGAUCUUUACCGAAUUUCACAAGAAACUUUAAAGCUGAGAGAAAUAACAAUCAGUCGAAAGCAAUGAAGAAAGGAUUUUCAUUUCACGUUGAUAACAUGAAAAUGAGUUUUCGGUGCCUUUUAGAUUAUAUCGCAGAACACGAAAAUAGUCUCAGAUCGGAGUCUCCAAGGUCUCGGGAGCUGGAACAGCAGGCACAGCAGUUGCUCGAGUCACUUGACUCGCUUGAGUCGUCACUUCUGUCAUCAGAAUCUUCGAAGGUUAAUAAUACCAGUGACAGCAGCAGCAGCAGCAGCAAUAAUGUAAAAAAGAAUUUGAAUGGCUUUCUAGAUGACAGUCAACCUGGCCCCAGUCGCCCCAUGGAAGACGUGGAACCUAUGGAAGAAGAUGAAGAUCAAAUGACUGACAAUGAAUUCGAUCGAUCAGAUGACGAAGUUCUUAUCACCAAUAAAUUCAACAGAGUUCUCGCUAAAGAAAUUAAUAAAAUGAAAUUAGAACAAAACAUCAGCGCUAAAGCUAUUGAGAGAAGCAUUAAGAACAUAACUAAUAAAAUCAAUACUGGUGAACUAUUUGGAAAAGUCAAACACAAUAAGGAAAAUGAAAAUGGCAAAAAAGUCAAAAAACCAGAAGAAAAAGAAAAAGAAAAAGAAAAAGAAAAAGAGAAAGAAAAAGAUGAUUGGGUCCGUAUCGGAACCGGACAAACGAUGGUGCACAAAGACAAGUAUAAUAAGGUCAAUUGGAAGUCCUAUACUGUUGCCACGAGGUCUCUUCUUCUUGCAACCUUUUCAAGGAGAAUCUUAGCAACUCACUCUCUGACUGGCAAAAAGUCACCAGCGUUCCAGAACAAGCCAGCGAAAAUGUGUCUGGAUCCAAAAAUCGUCACCGAUGUGGUUUACGAGAUUACAGAAAAAUUUGGCGUGCCAGAGAGCUUAGUUCGCACCAUUAUAACUACUAAGUGUGCUGACGAGGCGAAGAUGCUUAAAAUGCGACAGAACAAAAUGAAAGCUGGAGAAAAUAAUGAAAACAUCCCGCCGCCACCACCGCCAGCCGACGCAGAAGAAGACGAAUAG